UUCCGGCCGGAGGCCCGAGCUGAGGGCCGGCGCCUUCAUCAUGGCCUCGGCCCAGCUGGACUACACCAUCGAGAUCCCGGAUCAGCCCUGCCGGAGCCGGGAGGCUGAGGCCGGUGUCAGGGGAGCCUGGGACGGCUGGCAGGGGUCAGCAAGGGACUGAGGUGCUGGGAGCUCCUGGUCCAGGCUGAGUUGCAACUCAGUCUGGCAUCCCCAUGGGUGCAGGCAGUCAAUCUCCAAAGGCCGGAGCUGCCACUGCUGGAGAGCAGGAACACUGAACUUUUCAAUCACAUUAAUUUCCACAGGAAAUUGUUGUCUUCCUUUUGUCCAAAGAGAACAGCCCCAACCAAGGUGGGAAGGAGGCGGGGACUCGACAGCCUUUGGUGAUUCUCUUGGGCUGGGGUGGCUGCACGGACAAGAACCUGGCCAAAUACAGCGCCAUCUACCACAAAAGGGGCUGCAUCGUGAUCCGAUACACAGCCCCCUGGCACAUGGUCUUCUUCUCCGAGUCCCUGGGCAUCCCUUCACUUCGUGUCUUGGCCCAGAAGCUGCUUGAGCUGCUCUUUGAUUACGAGGUUGAGAAGGAGCCCCUGCUCUUCCACGUCUUCAGCAACGCCGGCGUCAUGCUGUACCGAUACGUGCUGGAGCUCCUGCAGACCCACCGGCGCUUCUGCCACCUGCGUGUGGUGGGCACCAUCUUUGACAGUGGUCCUGGCGACGGCAACCUGCUGGGGGCUCUGAGGGCGCUGGCAGCCAUCCUGGAGCCCCGGCCUGCCGCGCUGCGCCUGCUGCUCCUGGUGGCCUUUGCCCUGGUGGCAGUCCUGUUCCACGUCCUGCUGGCGCCACUCACCUCCCUCUUCCACACCCACUUCUAUGACAGGCUGCUCGACGCAGCCUCUCGCUGGCCAGAGCUCUACCUCUACUCCAGGGCCGACGAGGUGGUCCUGGCCAGGGACGUGGAGCGCAUGGUGGAGGCACGCCUGGCACACCGGGUCCUGGUGCACUCUGUGGACUUCGAGUCAUCUGCACACGUCAGCCAUCUCCGUGACUACCCUACUUACUACACGAGCCUCUGUGUCAACUUCAUGCGCAGCUGCGUCCGGUGCUGAGGUCCUUGCCCUACCCACCUCACCUCUGCUCCAGAAAUAAAUGCCUGACACCUCCCCAUGACCUACAUCCAUGGGUGGGGUCCUCUUCUGGUUCAACUCCCUGCAGCCCUCUGGGACUUUAUGGUCCUCCAGGUAGAGAAUUUCCAUGGGCCUCUGUCCUGGGGACUGUGGUGGUCUGCUUAUCCCAGGAUUCUUGGGGCAGGAGUGCCUGCGCAGGUCUCUGCGGAAGCCUAGCAGUGGUUGUGUUUGGAUAAGUGCAACAGGCUGCUGACUCCUGUGGCAUUUAGGCUGUGAAGGGUUAAUAAAGCUGCGGGUGGGGGGUAGGGGUGAGGAUGAGCCCCAGCAUUGAUCUCUGAUUCCUUGAAUAGAAGGUGAGCUUUGCAGGGAGGCGCCAGAGGGUAGGGGCAGGCUGGGGCAAGGGCUGUGAUCUGUGCUCCCAAGUCCCGGAAGGGCAGAGCCCCACAGCAUGGAGUGCCGUCCCUGUGGAUCCCAUUUAGCAGUUCACUCAGGCUUCUCAUUGCCAGGGAGUCUAAUGUGGAAGCCAGAUGGGGAGCUGAGGGUACACAGGUGGGGGGCCUGUCCAGGUGUACCACACUUUGCCAGGAAGCUGCUAGAUCCAGGAAAGUUGCAAGAUGUGUGUGUAAUGGGCAGAGGGAGUGGGGUGCAGGAAGACAGCAGCGCCAGAUGGGAGCUGGGACAAGCUGAGUCAGGAGCCCUAAAGACCAGAACCAGAACCACUGGCCUGAAAAAAACUCCUUCAUCUCCUUGAGGGGGACCCACUUGGAUCCUCUGUAGGUAGAAGUGGUGGCUUCAGCCUUAGAGAGUCCUGUAUCAUCUAUUAUUCUACAAGUCACUGCUGCACAAUGCUGGCACAUAGCUGGCAUUCAAUAAAUUUUUGUUGAUUUAA